UGUUGAUGCAGUAUAAGGAUUUAAUAUCUGAAAGAAUUUAUUUUAUUACAUUAAAAAACAAACAAAAUAUCUUAUAUAAACAAGAUUAUCAUUAAAAAUAAAGACAAAAAAUAAUUAGUAUUGAAACUACUAUUAAUCUAAUAAAGUAAAUAAUAAAUCUAAAGAGCUCAAACAAAAUGGAGGAAUAACCCUAAGAUAAAGAAUUUUAGUUAUUUACAUAAAAUUUAAAGGAGAUGAAUGAUGACUUCAAUAUAAUGCUCCCUUAUGCUCCUUACUAAAAAAAAGUUGUUAGCGUUAAUAAAAAUAUUAAUAGAGACGCUGUAGCCACAUAAUUUUAACUUUAAAACAACAACACUAAAUAAGAAACUAAUACUGAAGAUUCCUGCGAUUUAGCAUUUGUGCUAGACUGUACGGGUUCUAUGGGAAGUUGGAUAUAAAGAUGCAAAACUUAGAUUAUUAACAUACUUAAUACUCUGAAGCAGUAAUUCGUCAACAGUACAUUUAGAGCAGGUUUUGUAGCUUAUCGUGACCACUGCGAUACUAAUAGAAUAGAAAAAUUUUCAUUCAUAUCUUCAUAAUAUGAAGCCCUAGAAAAUUUUAUUGGAAAGUUAGUCGCCACUGGUGGUGGAGAUGGUCCUGAAGAUUUAGCAGGAGGUUUAUAUACUGCAAUACAUGAACUAAGUUGGAUUAGUAAAACUAAGAAUUUAUUUAUUAUUGCUGAUGCACCAUGUCAUGGAAAGAAGUAUCAUACAACAGCUGAUGAUUAUCCUGAAGGCUGCCCUAAAGGAGUUAACAUUGAAGGAUUGAUAGAAACUUUAGCUAAAAGAAAUAUAGAGUUAUCUGUAUUAGAAAUUAAUAGUUCUACUAAUUUAAUGUUUUCUAUUUUUUAAGAUAUUUACAAAAAAACAUGUGGAAAAGAUAUAAUAAGAAUUAGUUUAUCUGGUGAGUCUAGUAAUGUAAGAUAUAAAGAGUCAAAAGAGAAAUCUGCAGUAAUUGCAAAGACUGUAUUGACAUCGAUUACAGGUACUACUCUUGGUGUGGGAGGAGGAACAACUGGAUAAAAUGAAAAAAAGGAGAAAGUAAAUCAUGGAUAUGAUUCUAUUGGGGAAUUAGCUAUUAGAGUGUUAAGAACUCAUAAAGGCUUGCUGAAUACAGCUUGUUUAUCUCACACUGAGCUUGCUUAUUCAGUAAAAACAACUUCUGGUGGUCUCAAGGACAAGUAUGAAAAUAAAAAAAAUGCCAUUUGCGAAUAAGAUGAGGAUGAAGAUGAUGAUGAGAAAGAAGAGACGAAAGAAGAAGAGAGCAAAAGUAAGUCAAGUCAUAAAGAAAUCGCAGUGAAAAAAGAAGCUAGAAUUAUUUAAGAAGAAGCUCCUUAAUACACUCCAGAAUAAUUAAUGUUUAUUAACUAUCGACCAACUUCGAUGGUUGAAAGUAAUUCUUGGUGUACCAGUAUUUCUAACAAAGAAGCUUUUACAUUCAGUUGUAUUUGUAUAACAGCUUAUGUAGAAAAGAAAAAAUAAAUUGAUUGGAAUAAUCCUUCCAUUAAAUUUUAAAAAUUAACUUCAAAAAUAUAAAUAUAUAAGAAAUAUUUCUCAGAAGGAGCUAUGAGAUUUGCCUUUUAUGCCUAUGAUACCUUAUUGAAUUAGAAAUUAGUUGCAAAAUUACAUAAAAAUUGGAGUGAUAAUUCUAAUUUCGAAGUUAUGAAAAGGGAUUCUAUGAGUCUUAUAGCUUGUCAUUACUUUGCUGAUGAAUUCAACUCAAGAAUGUUGUUAAAAACAACUGAUCAUGAUGAAGUUCCUAUUUUAAUUAAUUUUGUUGAUAGCUCUAUUUAUGAAGUUCUCAGACAUUAUAAUAAAGACAUAAAAUACUAUUUUGUUGAAAAUUAUAUUGAAGGUGAUUAUCAAAAGUAUAAUAACAAUGCAGGAUGGACUAGCUCACAAGAAAGCUCACAAUUCAAUCAAAUUUCAUAAGCUUUCAGUCAUUUUACAUGGUAAUAUUCACAGGGUCAGCUUUUAGUAGUUGAUAUUCAAGGAGCAGAUUUAGGAGUGCUUACUGAUCCAUAGAUUCAUACAAAGAAUAGAUCAAGAUUUUAUGGUUAAGGAGACCUUGGAUACGAAGGAAUGUUAAAAUUCUUCCAUACUCAUUAUUGUAACGAGUAUUGCCAAAGACUUAACCUUAUUCAUCCUAUCUUACAAGGAAAAAUCCCUCAAAAUUUUGAUUUCUUUAGUGAUUUUUAUGGCUUAGAAUAAUAUUUAGAAAAGAAAGAAAUAGUAUAACCGAAAGAAAUAACAGAAGAAAUACCUCAGUAAGAAUAAAAUGACAAGAAACCUAAAAAAUAAAAAAAGAAAAGAGGGUUGGCUUUGCUAGCUGAGUAUGAAAAAGAAAAAUAAAAAUAAGAAGAGUAAGAAAAAAUUUUGAAAUAGAAAUAAGAAGAAGAAGAAAAAUUGAAAUAAAAGCAGCUAGAUACUUUUGUUGGAACUUAAUGUACACUUUGUAAAAAAUGCUUUUUCACAAGAAGAAAUGUUAUGAUUUAAAAUAAAAUCAAUAAAAUAGAUACAAUGUGUGAAACAUGUCAAAAUCUAUGCUAGUAAUCUCUCCUUGACUUAGCAUGUAUUAAGUGUGGAAAUCUAUUUAAAAUUUCUAAGUAUUACUGUAAAGCUAAAAAAGUCAAUCUUAUAGGAACCUGUGUUAAUUGUAGAGAAUGAUUCAUUCAUUUCUUUUUGCAUUAAUAUUACAAAAUAAAAUAUAUUUGAAAAUUUGUUCUCAUAAAUUUAUUUAUUUAAUAUAUAUAUACAUUAAUCAUUUACUUUAUAUAUUUACAUUCUUACUCAUUGGUUCACCUACUUAAUAAAUUAUUAAGUCUAUUAAAUUUACUAUAAGAUUAAUUGAAUAAAUAAAUAAAUACCUUUCAAAUUUAAAAUGUUUUUGUUAAACUGAGAGAAAAAUUUUCUCAAAAAUAUUUUUUUAAAAUCAAUAUUUCAUAAUUCUAUGUAAGAGGGAAGGAUUUCCAAAUGGCGAUAAUACUGUAGUUGGGGAAUCGCUAAUUAUAUGAGGGUUUACUCAGAUCAUAAAAAAAACCCCACCUUUCUGUGACGCCCUCCCCAUAUUUUUAUUUUAAUCUAAAAAAUACAUUUUUAUAAAUAAUCAAGAAAAAGGAAAUUUAAAAUGAAAUUGAAAUUGAAAUAAUUGUU